UUGAAAUUGGACUGCGCUGAACGAUUAAUAUCUGCUGAAAAUUGUUUUUCAAAAAUGAACUCAAAAACGGCAGAGUUUCUAUCCAAACUAAUGCUUGAAGACGACGGAGAUGAUGUUGUUUUCUUCGCAUUCCCGAAUCAGAAGAAGAAAAUUAGAUGUUCAGUGUCUAUGCUGACAGAAAUUUCUCCUGUUUUUGGGGCUAUGCUUAGCACUUGGUGGAGUCAAGAAAACCCUUUGCAUGUGGACGACACCCAACCACAUUCAUUUGUUACACAUUCGCAGGACAAGACCAUUCAACUCAGUGAUGAUGUAAAUUUCGAUCAAUAUUCAACAUUCAAGCUGCUGAUACAAAUCCUGUAUGGACUCCGUCAAAUGGAUUCACUAACCGUUGAGCAAGCGACCAACAUCUUUUUCUACGCACACAAAUACGAAAUCAAAGAUGCUGAGGAUAAAAUUCAGAAAUUUUUAAAUGAACGUAUGGAAUCUGGCAUGGGACAAGUUCCAUUAUCGGUAGCUGAGUUGACCGAAGGCAUUGAAUUUGCGCAGCUGUAUCAUCUGGAUGGGUUUAAGAAAAAGCUGGACCAAGUGAAACUGGCUUUUGACGAGGAGAACCUAACCCCAUUUCAAUUUUGGGAUCUAUCGAUAAAAUUCGAGAUGAAGACAUUACAGGACCAAAUAAUUGAUCGUAUGAUGAAUGUAGCACCGAAAAAAGAUUGGCCAUUUGAUCUAUUAAUUGCAGUCACAGAGCGGUUACAGACGUUAAUGAAAAAAACGAAGAAAGCAGUGGUGUAUUGUCGCUAUUGUGGUUCCUCAAACUAA